GAAACUUUGGAUGCACCAAUGCAUGACUUUGCCACCGAAAUCGAUGUUCCAAUGAACCCAGCAGCUGCACAAGAAUUUUUUGUGGAGUUAUCCAUGGACCACGAUGGUCAUCACACGAUUUAUAACCAGGAGGAUGUCGAAGUUGAUAUGGAGACUUACUAUGAUGGCAAUGCAGAGUAUGAGAUGGCUGAUGAGACGGAGGAAUUCAAUGAAAGCCAUUAUCACCACGAACUACUCGACGUGGAAGUCUACGACGCUUCUGAUGCUCGCUCACCUCAGGCCAUACCUGAUUCACACCCAUUAUCGUCUCUGAUAAUUAAUCCGGAAAUAUCAUUACUUCCCUCCUCUGCCCCUUUCUCGGAUUCGUUCACCCCCCAGCUAGCCACCAUCCCUGUUGAACACGACACAUCUAUCACAGAUCACCCGGUGGAAAACGAUCAUCCCGUAGCUGAAGAAGCACAAUUUAGUGCUCUGCAAGAGGAGGAUUCUCUCGCUUUAACACUCGGGCAUCUAUCGGAGUCGGAUCCUUCUCACCUUGCCACUGCUAGUUUAACGUAUCUUCUGUGGCUUCAACUGGAUCCAUAUGCUGUAGAAAAACAUGCGGAUGCUCUGGUUUCUGAAACCACUGAUAGAGUAGGAUCAUCUGCUCCACUCACAGAGGCAGAACCCACGCUUCAAUCACAAGUUGAGGAGCAGUCUGAGACGUCCCACCCUUCAGAUGUGCCAUCUGAUGAUAGCGCGCAGCCUCAGGCUGAAACGCACCGGGAGGACCUCCACGAUGAGGCAGACAAUGCUAAUGAUCCACACGAAAUAUCUGAUGGCGUCUACAUUGACCCGCCACCCGCUGUUUUUCUGUCUGUCGGUUCCUCUGAGGUACCGGAGUACUGUUUAUUCAACCAGCCUCCAGUGGAACGUGGGUCUCGUAGUCCGUCUGCAGGGGCUAGCAACCAAAAGGUGUAUGCGCUGCUCUUGGAGAAUCGGCCAACGUUAUACUAUGAGCCCCUUAGUUGCGUAUUCGAAGCACUUCGGCAAGAUGAAGUCAUUUCCAGGAUUCCCGACUCUCUCGAGGGAGAGUUGGUGAUGGACGCUUACGAUCUUCAGCUUGCCGUGUUAGAGGACAAUGUUUACGCACAGGGAAUCAGUUUGCAUGACCUAAACGUACUGCACGAUGGUUCUGAUUUUACGGGCCCUCUUCGCAUCCAAUUGCGUUCGGCGAUCCCUAGGUUUAUCUUACGUUACCGUUUACUUCAAGAGCAAAUUUCUCGGCUUGACCUGGCUGCAGGCGUCGAUGAAAAUGUUGCAGCAGAGGGAUACGUCCCUACAGUUGAACAUGAUGCCGCGCCAGAAGCAGAUCACCAUGAGGAAGAAACCCAACUCGAAACAGAUCAUCACGAGGAAGAAGAUGCAGACCAUCACAAAGAAGAAGAUACAGACCAUCGCGAAGAAGAAGAUAUAGACCAUCACGAAGAAGAAGCCCCACACGAAGCACUUUUCCUCGAUGAUCAGAAGGAUCUCGAUAGAGCAGGAGGCGUUCAUGAGCUGAAAGUUUCUCCAGAGCAGCUUCAGGGUGAUGACACCCACGCAAAGGACGUGGCUUUUAUCCCACAGGCUGUGGCAGGUAUCGCCUACCACAGUGUCAGUGGCGACGUAGCACAAGCCCUUGAAGAGGAGGAUGAUUAUGAAGGCACGAAUGGUACAGAGUACCAGGAAGAGGGCGAGGGCGAUCAUGACUCCGCUACCGUGCAUCAGACAGUGGAUGCGGACGCUGCUGCAACCGUGUCAGAUGUCAAUGCGCAGUUCAGAGGGGAGACCGACUACCAGGAUUACAUACAGCCAGAAGAGUAUGGCGAAAUCUAUGAAGACUUUCCCGAAGAGGACGGCACUCUCGCAGAAUACGGAUAUGAUCUAACGGUGGGUUAUGAAGACGGUGGAAUGGUAGCUGUAUCGACAACAACGGAAGAGUCACAAACGGGUUUGCCUGUAUCUGACCUCCAUGAAGAAGAGACUACACCCGUACCAUCGGCACAACACAUUGAUUCUGAAUCCGCUCAGAGAUCAGAAACAGGAAACCGAGGCAACAGUGAAGACUUGGAUCAGGAUAUCGCACUUCACGGGGAAGCCCUGGCCCUGCGCCAGGUCGUUCACACAGAUCGGUCCAUGUCAUCAAACAACCUUGCGAAUCAACUCUCCACCCGCUUUGAGCACCGAGGCAACCAUGAAGACUUGGACUGCGGCGUUUUGAAUGAACGAGGAGAUCGUUCGCCAUCAUCUGAAUCUUUCGAGAAAGAGAAGAGCAGCCGUGGCACUGACAAAGAUCAGAAUACAGAUCAGCCCGAAUCAUCAGUGCAAUUCCUAACAGAUGAAUCAUUCUUCCUCUCACACCAAUGCUAACCCUACAGAAGAGGGUGGCGGACAGACUUUCCCAGUUUUGGAAGAGUGGGAUCAGUGGGAUGACGAGUUAGAUGGUGAUGGCGAAAUUGAUUACGAUUGGCUGGACCCUGGCGAUGCUGUGUCCAAUGAAAGCUCUGUGACUCUGUCCAGCAAUUCAUCUACAAAACGCCGUCACGACGAGGUCGACCAA